CGAGGGCCAGCGCUAGCCUGACUUGGUGCAAGGCAGCUUCCCUGUCGGGCUGCAGCUCAGCGGCAGAGCAUCUGCUUUGCAUGCAGGAGGACCCAGGUUCGGGGCCCAGCGCUUGCAGGUACUCACAGCUUGAGCAAAAGGUGUGAAGUAUUUCAGUAUAAAUGACUGUCUACAGGUCCAUCAUAUAAUCAAUGUUACAGUGAAAUUUAAUUUGACAGAUUAUCUGGACGGAUUUUAUUUUUCAUAUAAAAGUUAUCUCUCAUCAAGAGCAACAUGCAUUAGAGGAAAGUAACCUGCUGGUGCAGAAGAAAAAUUACAAUGAAUAGUGAAGAAGAAUUCUAUGAUGCUGUCACAGGCUUUGAUUCUGAUAAUUCUUCAGGGGAAUUUUCAGAAGCAAUUCAUAAAGUCGAUGUGGAUGCCCACCCAAGUAAUAGAACUGGAAGACACAAUGGCGAUGGACCAGUGCAAGAGAAUGGAAUCAAGAAACACAGAACAUCAUUACCUGCACCAAUGUUUACUAGGAGUGAUUUCAGUAUCUGGAGUAUCUUAAAAAAAUGCAUUGGACUGGAGCUGUCUAAGAUAACCAUGCCCAUUGCCUUCAAUGAACCCCUGAGCUUCCUCCAGCGGAUAACAGAAUAUAUGGAACACACAUACCUCAUUAAUAAAGCAUGCAGUCAUUCAAACUCGGUAGAAAGAAUGCAGGCUGUUGCUGCUUUUGCAGUUUCUGCUGUAGCCUCUCAGUGGGAGAGAACUGGCAAACCCUUUAACCCUCUUCUUGGAGAAACAUACGAAUUAGUCAGGGAGGAUUUAGGAUUUAGGUUUAUUUCUGAACAGGUCAGUCAUCACCCACCUAUCAGUGCUUUUUAUUCAGAAGGCUUAAACCAAGACUUCAUUUUUCAUGGAUCAAUUUACCCUAAACUGAAGUUCUGGGGGAAGAGUGUAGAAGCAGAGCCACGGGGAACAAUAACAUUGGAACUCCUAAAACAUAAUGAAGCUUAUACAUGGACUAAUCCUACUUGCUGUGUACAUAAUGUAAUUAUUGGCAAACUCUGGAUAGAACAGUAUGGAACAGUAGAAAUUAUAAAUCACAGGACUGGAGAUAAAUGUAUCCUUCACUUUAAACCAUGUGGUCUGUUUGGGAAAGAGCUUCACAGAAUAGAGGGCUACAUUCAGGACAAAAAUAAGAAGAAACUUGCAGUGAUCUAUGGCAAAUGGACAGAAUGUUUGUGGUGUGUUGAUCCUUCCAUUUAUGAAAACUACAAGAAGAACGAGAGGAGAGGUGGUGACCAGCGGAAACCAAAGCCGAGUGAUGAUCCUGAGAAUGAUGAAGCGGAUGAUAUGCCAGAGAUCCAAGAGACUGUGCAAGUUGUACCUGGCAGUAAGCUACUUUGGAGGAUAAGCACCAGACCACCAAAUUCAUCCCAGAUGUACAAUUUCACCAAUUUUGCUGUCAGUCUCAACGAACUAGAAAAAGGCAUGGAAGAAGUGUUGGCUCCCACUGACUGUCGAUUGAGACCAGACAUCAGACACAUGGAGAAUGGAGAAAUUGAUCUGGCUAGCAAAGAGAAAGAGAGACUAGAAGAGAAGCAGAGAGCUGCUCGUAAGGAACGUGCAAAAGAUGAAGCCGAAUGGAAAACAAGAUGGUUUUAUCAUGGCACCAAUCCAUACCUUGGGACUCCUGACUGGUUAUACUCAGGAGGGUACUUUGAUAGAAACUUCUUUGACUGUCCAGAUAUAUACUGAAAUCUUGAAUGCAGUUGCUCCUUUGCCCAGGUUUGGCAGACUUUCCUCCAGUGACUCUGGCAGCGCCAUGACCAGAAACCAUCCUUUUUUAAAGCUAAAUUUUAAUGAAAAUUAUCAGUCAUCAAUGAAGGAAUUGUCACAAUUUCAAUUGCCAAAAUGUCCCCCAAAAGUUGCAACCUGAAAUUAUCAUGUUUCAGAGGAAAGUGGUUUGCACGUUUUUGUUUGCUUCCCCCUUAUUUGUCAUUUUAUUUUUGGCCAGAAAUAACACAUUGUAGCC